AUGGAGAUAGAUGAUAUAUUACCCCCCUUGCCGUUGGAGCCACCUGAUGAUUUAAACUCGGAGGGCCUUAAUGGUAAAGCGCAGCCUCCACCACCUCCCCUGCAAACGUCCAGUGACGCAGAGGAAAUGGACGUUAGCUCUGGUGGUGAUGGACACACACACACCCCAGCAGGGGACCAGGGCCUGGGGCUCCUCGCCAAGGGCUCCAUAACCUUAAGUAAUAACCUGUCAGAUGAGGCCGAAUCCAGCGCACCGUGCCCUAGAACAGCCCGCCACGCGCCCCCCAUCACCAAGUUCCUGCCAGAGCUCAAGUUACUACAAGACAUUAAGAUCAGUGUCAGCGUCGUAGAUAGCAGCAGGAGCAAAGAUAGGAAGGUGCUGUACACAGGGAUAGGUCAGGGUGGUGGUGUAGGGGAGACCAGCUCAGAGGGCCUUAAUGGUGAGUUGCAUGAUGCCGAUACAGAGCUAGAGGCUGUUGAGGGUAGCUCAGGGCUGGGGAACGGGACGGUCGAUGGUAGUGCAGGGAGGAGAGGGGCGGAGGCAGACCUGGAGAACAAAGUGGAGUUUGCGGUGUUGGACGAGCUGGAGGACUUCAGUCAGGACUUCCUGCAUACGGAGAAUGUGGAGCAGGGGGGUUUCAGGUCUGAGGAAAUGGUUCAACAGGAGAACGCUGACGAGGAGAACCUGAAUUACUCAUAUGAGGUACGUAACCAAGGGGCCCCAUCUUUGCCUCUGCAGAGCCUCAUCAUCAUCAUCAUCCACUCACUAAUCUUUUGUGCCUUGUUCACACUGUAGGGUCUAACCCGAAACCGUAAUGGCUUGGAUAUUCUUUUCACAUCGUCAUUUCCAGCACAGUUCCAGCAACUAUGGAGGAUGCAUAACCAUUUUUGGGGGUCAGAUACAGAUAACGAUUUUUUGGGGUACCAAACUUACCAAUACUGAAAUAUUAAAACAUACUGUUUUACGCCGGGGAAAUGAAAAAGAAAAAAAAUUCCAUACUGCAUUCUCAUAAAUUGCCAUCCAAAACAGCAAUUGUCCAAGAAAUAUGCUUAAAAUGUUCAUUUCUUACAUUGUGAAAUGAAUGACACAUCAUGAGAAUGGCUGCCAGUGUUCAGAUAAGCAUAAAAUUCCCUUUUUCAUCCUAUUUAUUGGUGGAAUUGUCGUCCAAUAUAGCGGUAAAAAGCCAAUAUCAACCGAUUUUAUAUCGGUGGACCGAUAUAUCGGACAGGCUCUAGUAAUGAUGUUAGCCCAGUACGGUUUGGCUCUGUAAUGUGAAAAGGGUAAUAGUGUAUAGUCAUUUUAUUCCAAUGUCACCAGCAAAAUGUCAGCUUUUACAUUUUAGUCAUUUAGCAGAUGCUCUUAUCCAGAGCGACUUACAGUUAAUGAGUGCAUACAUUUUUAUACUGCCCCCCCGUGGGAAUCGAACCCACAACCCUGGCGUUGCAAACGCCAUGCUCUACCAACUGUGCUACACGGGGGGCUUUUGCAUCAUACUUUUGAUUCUUGAUGGAAAUCCUCUCUUUUCUACUUGAGAUUGAUAUAGUUGGUAUGCUUGGUGUCUUCAAAAGUUGAACCUGAUUUGAAUCUCCCCUCAUCCACUUUGUUUCCAACGCUUUUAUGUUUGUUAUGCAUGCCAGAUAUUGGUUGCAAAUAUGACUUGAAAUUCUCUCAUGACAAGAUGGCAUAGCCCAAACUGAAUGGAAAACAUGACAGGUUAGGGCUGCCCCCACCCCUCCCUUCUCCCCCAUGCGCUCAACGACAGUCUUUUCCAGGAGGACUUCGACAAUGAUGUAGACGCUCUGCUGGAGGAGGGCAUGCCCAUGCCCAAAAAGAUGCGCCUGGCAGAGGGGGCUGCUGAGUAUGCAGGGGACAGUGACCAUGCGUCGGACGGGGAGGGAGGCGUUCAGCCCAUGAUGACCAAAAUUAAAACAGUCCUGAAGAGUGAGUGGUGGAUGUCUGGCGCUGAUCUGCCUUUGGUAACGGUGUAUCUAAGGCUGGCACAUAAUGAUGUUAUGCAUUCAUAUCAUACCUUAUGAAUGCAUAUCAUCACGUUUGUGAGAGGACACUGAUCAAAUCACAUUUUAUUUGCCACGUGCCGAAUACAACCGGUGUAGACCUUAAAGUGAAAUGCUUACUUACAAGCCCUUAACUAACAAUGCAGUUUUAAGAAAAAUAAGUGUGUGAGAUGUGUAGUCAUGUCUGUCUACAGACGUGUAGUCGUGUGUGUGUGUGGUGCAGAUGUGUAGUGUCUCGUGUUUGCUUGCGGAUGUGUAGUGAUGAGUGAGUGUGUGUGUUUCCCAGGUCGUGGGCGUCCACCCACUGAGCCACUACCUGAUGGAUGGAUCAUGACAUUCCAUAACUCUGGCAUUCCAGUCUACCUGCACAGAGAGACCAGAGUGGUGACCUGGUCCAGACCUUACUUCCUGGGGACCGGGAGCAUCAGGGUAAGACGUGGAAGAGAUAAGACAGAUGGAAACUGCUGUACAUUUGAAUCUUUUAGAGGGUUAGUAACAUGUCAGGAACCCCAUUGUUAUACACUGAAUACUGGUGUUAUAUUUCAGUUUUUGGUAGGAAUGAUCAAACUAAAGGAAUAAGGAUGAAUGUCCAUUAUUUCUCUAUUCUCAAACAACUGUAACAACCUACUUCUAACCAAACCCCUCGUGCCCCUGUGUACAGAAACACGACCCUCCCACCAGUAGCAUCCCCUGCCUGCACUAUAGGAAGAUGAAGGAUCAUGAGGAAAAGCAACAGAACGGAGAGGUGACGCCCAACGCUGAGGUGUCUCCGGUGAAGCCUGGGGAAGAGGCAGACUCCCUGGAGAGACCAGACGAGCCUGACUCCACGGCCCAGGAGGACCCUACCACUGUGGCCCUGGGUCUGAGCCUGGGGGAGGGAGAGGCGGAGUUGGAGACAGGACUGGUCACAGAGGGGACCAUGGAGAGGUGCCCAGUCCCGCACGGCAAGAUGCCCCACUCCUGUGAAAUGGCCCAGGGGGCACUGGGACAGUUCAGGGCCAAGGUGGAGGUGUGCAAAGAUGAAUCCAUAGGUAAGGGUCAACACACUCCAUGAUGAGCGGUUGUCUUGCCAGCAGGUAGAAGUUUUGAAUGCCAUGGCUGAUGGCUAGUAUGUUUAAUUUCUUGUGAACGUAGGGGAUACAAAUAUGUUGGUGGGUAUUUCAUAAGAACACCUAUCUGCGUGAAGUUAGUUUGGCUUCUAAAGCAACAAUCUAACCGAUACCCCUCCCUUAUUGAAACCCCGCCAGAAAUUGAGGAGUUCCGCAGCUACCUGGAGAAGUGCUUUGACUUUGAACAAGUGACAGUGAAGAAGUUCCGUACCUGGGCAGAGCGCAGGCAGUUUAACAGGGACAUGAAGAGGAAGCAGGCCGAGUCCGAGAGACCCAUUCUGCCUGCCAACCAGAAACUUAUCACUCUGUCUGUAUCAGAUACCCCCACCAAGAAAGGUAAUAGAUGCAGAAGAAGAACCAUAGGUUACAUCUGAAUUGGCACCCUAUUCACAAAAGUAGUACACUAUUUAGGGAAUAGGGUGCCAUUUUGGAUGCGUACAUAGUCUAAUAACUAUUUCAGUGAGGAGUAUUGAGCUAAUCGCAUCAACUCUUUCCCUCUUUCUUUUUCUCAGAGUUUGUCAUUAACCCAAAUGGGAAAUCUGAAGUUUGCAUCCUACAUGAAUAUAUGCAACGUGUCCUAAAGGUCCGACCUGUUUACAACUUUUUUGAAUGUGGUAAGUCCCUCUUUUUAAUUGAUUGAUUUUUCUCUCUCUUUUCUCCCCUUCAUAAUGUUGAUUUCAACUAGCUUGUCCAAGUGACAUGUUUUUCUUAAAACCAAACAAAUCACCAAAGCACUGACUGGAGAAAAGGCCUUUAUGCAGUUUACACCAAAUGAAUCCUCGUUUUCCAUCUCCUCCAGAGAACCCAAGUGAACCCUUUGGCGCCUCAGUCAUUAUAGACGGUGUGACAUAUGGCACAGGAACUGCAAGCAGUAAAAAACUUGCCAAGAAUAAAGCUGGUACAGUACUUUCAUAUUCUGUCAUUAUUUGAUUUUCUAUCCUCUGAAGCAGCUGCAACGGUUGUCUGUAAACUAUAAAAAAAUUAAAAUCAUAAACAGGUACUUUCGCUUGUAAUUUACUGAUGCGUCUACCUUGUAGCUCGCGCCACACUGGAGAUCCUCAUCCCUGACUUUGUGAAGCAGACGUCUGAGGAGAAGCUGAUAGAAGGGGAUGAACUGGAGGUAUCAGCCUGCCAAUCAUUGGAAAGGCCCUUUAAUUAAAUCAAUGUUUUGUCUUGUUUGGUCUGAUAACAUGUCUCUGUUAUAACAUUGUACUUUACUAGCUGGUUGGUAAUUUGGAAGAAUACUAAUGUCCAUUCAUGUUUUUGUUUCCUGCAGUAUUUUAAUCAUAUCAGUAUUGAAGAUUCAAGGGUGUACGAACUAACCAAUAAAGCAGGCUUACUCUCGCCAUAUCAGAUUCUACACGAGUGCCUUAAGAGGUAAGACUCAAGACAUGAGGUGUAAGAAUAAUUGAAAUUUCUAGUUCUGAUCUGAUUAAUCUAUUAACCUUACAUUUCAACCGUCUCUUGUGCUAUGUAGAAACCAUGGAAUGGGUGACACCAGCAUCAAGUUUGAGGUGAUCCCAGGGAAGAACCAGAAGAGUGAAUAUGUGAUGACGUGUGGCAAGCACACUGUGCGUGGAUGGUGUAAGUUACCCCCACACUGACCCUCCAGUCACCACAGCAAGUCCCACACCUAACCUGCUCCAUGCCGCUCUGUGGUAAUGUAGUGUAAAAGCAGCAUUACUAAUUGCAAGUGCUCUGUGUGUUUUGUCAGAGCCAUAUAUAGAGAAUUCUGACAACUUUUACACUGGACACCAUGUUUCCGCUUUUGUAUAUACACUAUAUAUGGAUCAGCAUAUCCCUGCUCUAAGCUGAUCUGUGUUCAUGUAGUGUAAAUCUAGUUAGCAUUACUAAUGGCAGCUGCUCUAUGUAUAUGUCUUGUUUUCCAGGCAAGAAUAAGCGGGUGGGGAAGCAGCUGGCGUCGCAGAAGAUCCUACAGAUGCUGCACCCCCACGUGAAGAACUGGGGGUCACUGCUCCGCAUGUACGGCAAAGAGAGCAGUAAGAUGGUGAAGAAGGUAGGUACUACCUGUACACCUCCAUAUACUGUUCCUCAGCACAGCUGCUCCACUGCUGUUGGAGGUCUUAAGUCAGGGUGGCAUAUGCUGCUUCUCUUUCAACCAGAUGUGCGUAUCUCUCAUUUCUAUAAAUGAUGGCGUUUUUUGUGUUUUCCGCAGGAAAAUUCAGAUAAGAGUGUGAUUGAACUUCAGCAGUAUGCCAAAAAGAACAGGCCAAAUCUUCACAUCCUGAACAAACUGCAAGAGGAGAUGAAGAAACUGGCUAAGGAUAGG